CGCCAUGGAGGCGGCGGGCGCCGAGGAGCGGCAGCUGCUCGUGCAGAGGCUGAAAGCYGCUGUUCACUACACCGUGGGCUGCCUGUGCCAGGACGUGGCCGAGGACAAGGAGCUGCAGUUCAGCAAACAAACUGUGGCCGCUAUUUCGGAGAUCACCUUCAGGCAGUGCGAAAACUUUGCAAAAGAUCUUGAAAUGUUUGCAAGGCAUGCGAAACGAAGCACAGUCACUUUAGAAGAUGUGAAACUUUUGGCUAGAAGGAGCAGUUCUUUGCUAAAGUAUAUCACACAGAAGGGUGAAGAAAUUGUAUCAAGUAACAUGGAGCAAAAGGAAAGGAAGAAAAAGAAGUCUAGCACAGCAAAGGCAGCAGAACAAGAAGCAGCUAUGGCUGAAAGUGAAGAUUCCAACAUGGCAUGAUUUUUCUUUCAUGGAACUUCUGUCACCACGUUAUCUUACUGCCAUAUGCAGGCUCUUGCAGGUUAGCAGCAAUAUUGAAAACUUAGUCUUUUAGGUGAAUAUGGUUAAGGUUUGUUUGUUUGUCUGUUUUUUUAAGUCCCAAAACUGAAGACCAUCAGAAUUCAGUCAAGUUUUACAGAAAAAAAAUCAUUUAAAUUGCUCAUUAAGAGAUAAGUUAUUAAAAAACAAAUCCUUUAUCUAGCAAAUUUAGGGCAAAGCAUUCUUACUUASCAUAAAAUUUCUGUACGUGCAUCUCCCUCCAUGCUGAUAUUCAGUUCCUGUACUGAUAGUGUGACUCUUCCUUGCUUCUAUUGUUAAUAUGUUUGUUUAGGUGUUUUAAGGUUUUUUUUUCCCUUGUUGUCACGAUAAUUAAAACUUUUUU